AUGGAAACUGAUAGUGCUCUUCCAAACAUAGUGAACAUUCCUAAGACCUGCUGGACAUUCUGCAAGAAAUGUGGGAAGCACCAACCCCACAAGGUGACACAGUACAAGAAGGGCAAGGAUUCAUUGUAUUCCCAGGGAAAGCACCACUAUGACAGGAAACAGAGUAUCUAUGCUGGGCAGACUAAGCCUAUUUUCUGCAAAAAGGCUAAAACUACAAAGAAGAUUGUCCUGAGACUGGAGUGCACUAGGUCUAAUUGCAGAUCUAAGAGGAUGCUGGCUAUUAAGAGAUGUAAGCAUUUUGAACCAGGAGGCAACAAGAAGAGAAAGGGCCAAGUGAUCCAGUUCUAA